ACAACGAACUCGCUCUCUCUUGCUUUUCUCUUUUUAUGCGGGGCAGGGUGCAGGCCGAGAAGUGCGUGAUUUCGUGAAGUUUCCGCACGCCCGCUUGUCGCCAGCGAGCCGUGAUUCCGACCUCAGUUAUGCUGGUGCGCGUUUUUGAGAGUCGUGUGCAGCAUACGUUUUGGAACUCCCCUGUCAUCUGCUACAAAAAGCGAGGCCGCUGUGACACAUCAGCGCACGUCGAACAUCACGAGAGCGACCAUGUGGAUACCUGACAAACGGAUUGCCACUUGCUGCAGGCACCUGUGACGCUUUUUUUUUUUCCUUCUUCUUUUUGUUUUUUUGUUGUAGAGGUGAGGGGCUCUGAGCGAGGGGGUGAAACCGGUUUGGCAGAACUCUGGCCUUCAGGUGCUCGCCGGUGCACGCGAGUGACGCGUCGUGGUUGCGAUUAUUGUCUGGGCGUCUCACCACGUGUAGCAUUGUUUUGAGUCCUUUUGGGUGAAGUACAGUGGGUGACGAUGUGCUGAAACACGUCCACGCUGGAGUCGAAGGAAAGUUCCGCUUACUUGGAGAGAUUAAGGAAGGCCAAUGUGCCCACAAGUACAAGAUCCAUGCGCCAUCUUCAAAUGAUGACACGCAAUGAACGCCACACAGUGGGUAGUAUGGAUACUUCUGCUGGCACUACUGACUACCGUUUUCAUCUACAACUAUACAUCUACGUACCCCGUUUUAGUCGUUCCAUCACAUCGAAAACAAAACAACGGUAAACUGCUACCCUGGUACAAUCGGACAUCUUCUGUGAAUGCAAGCGAUAUCCCUCGCAUCCUUCUGUGGACAAGUUUCUUCAAUUCGCGCGUGCUUGGGCUUUCUCCCGAAGAUGACGUAGAACUCCCGAAUUGCCAUCACCGAUGUCACGUGACCUACAACCGGAACCUCUUGUCGUCCAGUGACGCGGUCGUCUUUCAUUCCAGAGACAUGAACUUAAACGACAUUCCCUCAAGGCGAGCGCCGGAGCAGAAGUGGGUAUUUUGGUGCAUGGAACCGCCGCCUUAUUCUUUUUACGGUGGGUUCGAAUACAUUGUGUCGAUGUUCAACUGGACAAUGACGUAUCGGACGAAUUCGGACAUUCCCAUUGCUUAUGGCAUGUUCAAGAGUAAGAAUACUGGUAAAGAGGAAAGGCCGGAUAUCAAGAAAUCGUGGGAAACGAAAAGCAAGUCAGCUGUGUGGGUAGUGAGCCACUGCAACACGGACAGCAGACGGGAGGCGUUUGUAAGAGAACUGCGGCAGCACAUCGACGUGGACGUGUUCGGCCUUUGUGGGUUGCUUAAGUGUCCACAAGACUCCAAUAAUACCUGUUUCCGACGCUUUGUAAAGGAAUAUUACUUUGUGCUGGCGCUGGAGAACUCGCUGUGCCGCGAUUACGUGACAGAAAAAUUGUUUUCAGCACUCCAGCACGUUAUAGUGCCUGUUGCAAUGGGCAGUGUCAACUACAGCGCCAUAACUCCGCCACAUUCUGUUAUUGACGUGUCUUCGUUCGAUAGCCCCAAAGAGUUAGCGGGGUAUCUGCACAGGGUCAAAAAGGACUUUGAACUGUACAAGGAGUACCUCGAGUGGAAGAACAAGUAUGUGGUGCAGUCCUGGGUUGAAACGUUUUGUUCACUUUGUGAAAAAUUGCACGGCGAAGACUUUCGAACUUACUCGGUGUACGACGACAUGUUGUCGUGGUGGGUGACGGACUCGAAAUGUUACAGGUGGAACGACGACCACUGGAGAGCUCUAAGGAAGGGCGCCAAAAGUACAUAGCGAUUAAUCUUGACUAACAUGUUUGAUGAGUUCAUUCAGACUGUACUCAAGUAUGUUUUACCAAUGUGGCCUUACGUUACCGAUGUAGACGGUAACUGAAUGAGCAUUUUCUACACGACUCGCAUACAUGCGACGUCGGUGCAAUAAAUUUUGUGUUGGUUAAAUGAAAACUCAUUGGAUCAGGUCACCAGUGACUAUGACAUACAACAGGUAUUGCAAUCCUUUGCCUAGGUUUUUUGCAAUAAAAUAUCACGUACUGAACGACA